AUGAAUGUCGAUACCAACGUCCAUGUUCCCCAGAUGAUGAGCCCCAAUAGUUCUGGGGAUCCCCUGACUUCAUGUCCAGCUUCCAAUGAGUUCACAGCCAAAGUGUCACAGUAUGGUCCCAUUCUCCCCCAGCCGCCUGACAAACAGCCCAUUGUAUGUCGCUCCUAUGAGGACUGCUGUGGGACUCGCUGCUGUGUCCGAGCCCUGUCCAUCCAGAAACUAUGGUACUUCUGGGUUCUGCUGAUGAUGGGAGUGUUGUUCUGCUGCGGUGCCGGCUUCUUCAUUCGCAGAAGGAUGUACCCGUCCCCUCUGAGAGACGAGCCCGCCUUCAACGUGUCCUUCACCAGGCAUCCAGUCACCACCCCAGUGUCCCAGCAGCCGGGGAGCAUGCAGGGCUUCGGGGUCAAUGGGAUGACAGGAGGUGACCCAGGGCUUCCCAUGACGCACCCGGCUUACCCAGCACAGCCCGGCUCGGCCCACAUGAUGAUGAGCUCCUACCCGCCUCCUCCAUCGUACUGCAACCACCCGCCGCCAUCCUACGAACAAAUAUUUCAAAACAGCGACAAGAAGUAACAUCGGCAAGGAGCUAGGGAGAUGAACCUUGACGAGGGAACGUGGCCCUCAGGCUGAAGGUACAGGACGUCCAGGUGAAGACGAGGAACACCUGCCAACUGUUCACUACUAAAUGAUUACUGUUUGUGGAUGUAGGAAUCG